UACCACUACUAGUGCUCUUCUCCUAUCCUCCUAUCCUCUUCUCUGCAGUUCAUGGUAGAAACUGUGUAAAUAAAAUCAUUUGCAGCUUCGAAUGGAAUUAUCAGCCGUUACCUUGAAUGGGUUUACAUAUGUUGUAGCACUAAUUGGAGGCCUUAUCUGGUUGGGGCUAAGCUGGAAGAAGAAGAAGAAACCUUACCUGCCUCCAGGUCCUCCCGGAUGGCCUCUUGUAGGCAAUGUCCUUGAACUCAGAGGCUGGAAACAAUCAUUUCAGCAGUAUGUUCACAAACUCCACAAAUUAUAUGGCCCAAUCAUAACCCUCAGAUUGGGGUCUCGUCCUCUGAUUAUAGUAGCCAGCCACGAGUUCGCUUAUGAAGCCUUGAUACACAAGGGUUCCAUCUUUGCCGACAGGCCAGCUGUGAAGGGGGGCCGGAAGCUUUUCACACACAACCAGACGAGCAUCAAUUCGGCCGCCUACGGCCCGUUCUGGCGAACAUUGAGGCGAAAUCUGGUGAGCGAAACUCUGAGCGCCUCUUCACUCAAGUCCUUCCGGAAGGGCAGAGAAUGGGGAAUUGAGGUUUUGAUGAACAGGUUAAGAAACGAGGCAGAGCAGGGUUCAGGGCUUGUGAAAUUGAUCGACCACUUGAGGCAUGCGGCAUUCUGUACCCUCCUCUACAUGUGUUUUGGGGCUCGAUUAGAGGAGAAAAUCGUGAGAGAUGUGGAGUGCAUCCAAAGGGAUGUCAUUUUACGUGCGGGGAAAACGCAAGCGGACGAUAUUUUCCCAGUUUUGGGUUUUGUUUUCAGGAAGCGGUGGAAGCGGUUGCAGGGGAUGCGUCAGCGCCAGAUGGAAAUCUUAGGUGAGCUUAUUAACCGGCGUCGGGCGGUCUUGGCGGAGGGCAUGGCGGGGGAGUGCAGGGCAUACAUUGAUACUUUGCUUUGUUUGACGGUGGAGGGUGGAAGAGGCCUGAAUGACGCUGAAUUGGUUACGCUCUGCUCGGAAUUCCUGAAUGCCGGGACGGAUACGACCUCCACUACCCUGCAAUGGGCGAUGGCGAACUUGGUGAAAGAUGAAGGCGUCCAGAGCAGAUUGUACGAGGAAAUAGUGAAUGUUGUGGGUAAGGAAAGAGCGGUGGAAGAGGAGGAUGUUUCGAGAAUGGUGUAUCUGGAGGCCUUGGUGAAGGAGACCCUGCGACGCCACCCACCAGGGCAUUUGGUUUUGAUGCACGCAGUUACAGAGGCGUCCACUGUUGGUGGGUACGAUGUUCCGGCGAAUGCAAUGAUCAAUUUCUCCGUCCGGGAAAUGGGUAAUGAUCCCCGUGUGUGGGAAAACCCUAACGAAUUCAGGCCAGAUCGGUUCUUGUGUGAUGAUGUGGAUCUGACGGGGAUUAGAGAGAUAAAGCUGAUGCCGUUUGGCGUGGGGAGGAGGAUUUGUCCCGGAAUUGGAUUGGCUAUGAUGCAUGUUCAGCUUGUGGUGGCUCGAUUGGUGCAGAAAUUUGUGUGGGAGAGCAAACCGGGGGAACCCGUUGAUCUUGCCGAGGUGGAGGAAUUCACGGUAGUUAUGAAGAAUCCGCUACACGCCGUAAUGAAACAGAGGGAUUGACAUUAUGGAUAUCCUUUGCCAAAUUCAUAAAGCACAAUCACAUUUUGGAGAACAAAAUGUAGAGAGGGAAAGAUGGAAGUUGAGGCUACAAGUUCACAUUUUCAAAAUGGAGCAUAAAACAUGCUUGCAUUUUGUGCUAUUUUUGGUCCAUUGGUUGCUUAGAUGUUAGCUCUAGAAAAUGGACCUCUUAAUCAAUGAAUGUCUCAAAACUUGUACUAUAUUAUUUUGGUUGGAGGAUAAGUUUAUAAGUGGAAAAAUACAAAUGUGCAAAAUAGUCCCUAAGUUUGAUUUUAUCCCUAUGGAAUUUGACUCUUUUUCUCA